CGCCUAGAUCUAGAUCUAACCACUCCCAUACACAAAGGUUUACUGCUUCUGUGCUUCAUCAUCUUUUAUUUCAACUUCUAGGACUAUCUUUCUUCUUUCAAGAUGUUAAUCAAAGUCAAGACACUGACAGGGAAAGAAAUUGAUAUUGACAUUGAACCAACUGAUAAGGUUGAGAGGAUUAAAGAAAGAGUCGAAGAGAAGGAGGGUAUACCACCACCACAGCAGAGAUUAAUAUUCAGUGGUAAACAAAUGAAUGAUGAUAAAACAGCUGCUGAUUAUAAGAUACAAGGAGGUUCAGUUCUUCAUCUUGUGUUAGCUCUAAGAGGAGGUCAAUGAUAAAAGAACAAAACAGACACUGUACCUACAUGCAUUACUAUUAUUAAGUUGUGUUGUUUCAGUCACAUUAAUUGAGUAUUGUUGUUUGUCUUCUCAGUUCUUUUAAAUUUUAUGACAAUUGUCUUGCUUGAAGUAGUAGACAUUCAUUACAGUUUAUUAAUAA